AUGGCAAAAGCUAUCGCGAUGAUCAAGGACAUAAAUCCUACUGCGGAAAAUUUGACACUACAAGUUAGAGUUGUUCGUUUAUGGACAAUGACGUCAUUCAAAAAUCCGGAGGAUGUUUACUUUAUUGACAUGGUGUUGUUGGAUGCAAAGGGUGAUAAAAUACAAGCGACUAUCAAGAAAUCUUUGUUGAGAACAUUUCAGCCUCUACUCAAUGAGGGCGAACUAUAUACUAUAUCAAACUAUCGUGUUGGAAAGAAUAGUGGGGAAUACAAGCCUACUGGUCACCCAUACAAAAUAAAUUUUGUGCUUUUGAUCCGUGUUAAUGUCUUACAUGCGGCAAAUAUUCCUACAUAUGGUUUUGAUUUGGUGCCUUUUGAUGCAAUCAUUUCAAAUGGCCUAGAUAGCACCUGUUUAGUGGAUGUGAUUGGAUAUCUUUCUGGAGUAACAAGUAGUGAUGAUUAUAUGAGGAAUGGAAUUUAUACAAAGCAACUCACUAUUCAGUUAGAGGAUCUACAAAAAAAUGUGAUAAGUUGCACUUUGUGGAAUCAUUAUGCUGAUGAAUUGAAAACUUGGUUGGCUGAGCACCCAAAUUGUCAAGUUAUACUUAUAGUCCAGUUUGCGAAAAUCAAGACUUGGCAAGGUACUAAUGGAUUAUCAAGUUCACUUUUUGCAACAAGACUCCAUAUCAAUUCAAAUGUGGAGGAAAUCAACGCUUUUAAAAAUAGCUUUGGGAAUGGAGGAAAGACUUCAUCAGAAAUGGUGACUCAACUAAGUAGUCAUACCUCUCAGAAAAAUGAAACUGAAUUCCUAAAAAAAUCUGAGAGAAAGCAGGUUGAUGAGAUACGUGAGACACAAGAGGUAUGUUAUUGUGUGACACUAGCUGUGAUCGACUCUAUAGAAACUGAAAAUGGGUGGUUCUACCUCGCAUGUAAGAAAUAUUAUAAAAAAGUUCAAGAGAUGAAUGAUGAUGCGGGGGUGACAAAGUUUUGGUGUGAUAAGUGCAAUACUAAUGUUGAGCCUGUUCCAAGAUUUAAAGUCCAAAUUCGGGUUGUUGAUGAUUCUGGAAGUGCUUCAUUUGUUUUAUUUGAUCGUGAAGUGGUGCAUAUCUUGGGUAAAUCUGCUUUAUCCAUAAGGGAAUAUCAGGCACAGGAAGGCAAUUUAGAUUCAUUUCCUAAAGAUUUAGAUGAACUUUUGGAAAGGAAGUAUUUGUCUAAGAUUAGGAUUACACAUUAUAAUCUUAAGCAAAAUUGUCCAAUAUUCACAGUCACGAAAAUCUCUGAUGAUGAAAACCUCAUAAAGUCCUUCCAAGAUGCUAAUACUCCUGAAAAGCAGCUUGAGCACGAGGAAAUUGAUGUUACUUCAAAGACUGUGAAUGUCGGAGAGACCACUAUCACCAUACACAGUGAGGACAUGGACGAAAACUGUUCUAAUAGUUGUAUCACUCCAAACCAAAAAAGAAGUUCCAAAGAUUUUGAAGACGAUGGGAAUCUUACAUCUACUGAGCAUUCUUCAAAUAAGUACCAGCGAAUUAUUUCGAUUAAACAAGAAAAAGACACCGCAUAUAACUAG